GAGGCAAUCGGCUACCCCACAAAUGAGCUUAAUAGCUCGCUGGGUCCCCAUGAUCUGGACUAUUCGGGAUCCAUUCGUGACUUUCUUGAUAUUAUCACCGUCGGUUGAUUGUACUCGUGUUAUGCUUUUUUGACAAUACCAUUCUUCACUUCUAAAUCCAACAAUCACUACGGAAGCAUUCAAAAUGGCUCAGAACGAACCAGUAACUCUGGAGUACAAGGGCAGAAUCGCAGUUAUCACUAUUGAUAAUGAGAAGAAGCUCAAUGCUUUGACUCAAGAUGGCUAUUAUCUCAUAGCUAAAUUCAUGAGGGAAAUUGCUACCCAUGAUGAAGUUUUCGUCACGGUUUUAACAGGAAAAGGUGUGUUCUGCAAUAUCAAUCGUGAAAGGGGUCUUGCUAAUUUAGACUCGUAGGACGGUACUUCUCAGCGUAAGACUCCUCCACUGUUCAGUAGUUGCCAGUCAUUGAUCAAUGCAUAGAGGGGCCGAUGUAUCUAUCAGUAGAGAAAAGCCUGUUGGAACUGAUCUAGCUCGACAUUGGCUGACUAGCUUCGUCGCGAAUAACCUCAACAUAACCAACGCAUUUUAUACACACCCAAAAAUUCUCAUCACGGCUCUAAAUGGUCCAGCAGUUGGACUUUCGGCUGCUUUGAUUGCCUUUUCCGACUUCAUAUACUGCACGCCUCAGACCUUCCUUUUAACCCCCUUCUCUAGUUUGGGGCUCGUCGCAGAAGGGGGAGCUUCGAGAGCUUUCGUCCAACGGUUGGGAAUCAGCAAAGCAAAUGAAGCCCUUAUCAUGAGUAAGAGAAUCACUGCCGAGGAAUUGCUGCAAGUUGGGUUCGUGAAUAAGAUUUUCGAUGUUCAAAAGGGAGAGACCGAGAAAUUCAAAGAGUUGGUAUUCGAGGAGAUAGAUAAUCGGUUAGGAACGCAUUUAAUCGGCGAUAGUUUGAUUAAGAUCAAGGCUUUGAUCAGAAAACCAGAGAGAGAUUUGCUUGACGCACAGGGUGUAGCGGAGGUGUUCGGUGGACUUGAACGAUUUGCGGCUGGCAUACCACAAGAGGAGUUUAGAAAGAUCGCAAGUGGUGAGAAGAAGCAUAAGCUGUGAAUAUUUGAAACUUAGAAUGUAUAGGGAAAGGAAUCGUGAGGGUAUAUGUCUAACCUUAAACAUUCAUACCAACUGAUGUAGGACCCCAGCCCAAUACAAAUAAUUAAAACCAUUUAUAUCCCA